GAUUCCUGCCCUUCAAAACACAUAAUAAUUAAAUUAUCAUUGUUUAAUUAAUUACAACCUGAUCUGAUCAUUUGUCUACAUCAAUCUUUUUCAUUCCUUUCUCUUUUAGAAAUAUUCUUAAUAUAAAUAUUACUCCUAAUUGGGAAUGAAAAAAAGUAGUGUGAAUUCGACCAUAUCAUUCAUUUUCCUUCAUUUUCUUUCACCGGUGAUGAUCCAUAGCUUGCCACUGGCACCAGCAUUAUACGUUUUCGGAGAUUCCUUGUUGGAUAGCGGCAAUAACAAUGUGUUGCCCACGUUGGCUAAAGCUGAUUACCUGCCUUAUGGUGUAGACUUUGCCGAAGGAGCUACAGGAAGAUUCACCAAUGGCAGAACAGUCGCAGAUUAUAUAGCUGAAUUUCUUGGGCUACCAUAUUCUCCACCCUACAUGAGUAUAGAGAGACCACUUGCAUCUCAGCUUACAGGUUUGAACUAUGCGUCUGCGUCUUGUGGCAUCCUUCCGGAAUCUGGAAGCGUAUUCGGAAAAUGCUUGAAUUUAAAUGAUCAGAUCGACUUGUUUGAAAUAACGGUCAAGUCAGAGUUGCCAAAUUAUAUCAAGGGCUCAAACGAGCUCUCAGAGUACUUGUCAAAGUCCAUAUUUAUAUUCUCCAUAGGCAGCAAUGACUACAUCAACAACUACCUUGAACCCGAUAUCUACAGCACAAGUAAAUACUACCCUCCCCAACCAUUCGCUCAACUCCUAAUGGAUACCCUCGCCCAGGGUUUUCAGAGGUUAUAUAGUUUAGGAGCCAGGAAGGUAGUCAUAUUUGAAAUCGGUCCCAUUGGAUGCAUCCCAGCAUUUACAAGAACACAGAAGCACAGCGGACAGUCAUGUGUGCAUGAAACGAAUCAGAUUGUCUCAUUCUUUAAUCAGAGGCUCCCAGCAUUGCUUAGCAAUUUGACAUCCACUCUCCAAGGCUCAACCUUUGUUCUUGGCGAAGCUAAUCUUCUUGCUUAUGAUGCCAUCAGAAAUCCAUCUAAAUAUGGCUUGGCGGACUCAAGCUCCCCAUGUUGUACAACCUGGGAAAAUGGGACUUCUGGGUGCAUUCCAUUUCUGCUAACGCGCUGCCCUGAUGCGUAUAAAUACUUCUUUUGGGAUGCCUUUCAUUUUACAGAAGCUGUUUCCUCCAUCAUAGCAGCCCGAUGCUUCAAUACAUCAACUUGCUCCCCAUUCAACAUUAAGGAGCUCGUACAACUUUAAAGUACUGCCCAUACACAUUUAUAUGAACCACGUAUGUACAUCGGUGUGAUUUCAGAUAUAAUGCGGUUGCCUUUAUAAUAUAUUUUAGUCCAAAUUAAAGCCAUUAAUUGAUUAAUUUGGCAGUA